UGUCCCUUCCUACGCUGAAAUCCCAGACAGACUGACACUGGGAGGUCUUUUCUCCAACCUCCUGCUCAGAGCAGGGCUAACUUCAAAGCUAGGUUUAUCAGGGCCAUAUCCAGUUGAAUUCCUCCACUUCCUGACGGAAAAGCAAAUGUGCAUCAGUGCCCACACAACGUUACAUGAGACUGCAACAAAUCCUCUGUCUCUGACACUGUUUGUAAGGAAGCAGAGGAGCAUUCAGGUUUUGUUUUCUCCUUGAAGCUCUAUUUUUUACCUAUCUUGGGUUUUCCUGUGCGGUACAAAACUGACUGUGGCACAAAGGAAGUGUGAAAAAAGAACAGCAAAAUCUCGUUCUGUUCUCUGUCUUCUGCUCAGCUGCUAUCAUACUGUCUUUUCUGAUCCCCAGACUACUGAGAAAAAACUAAGAGGCAAAAAUAAAUCCUUCCAUGAAAGCUCAGGACAUUAGUGCUGAGUCUUACUAGAUGCAUGAGUGCACUCUUUUAUCAACAGAAACCUCAUGUCAAAGGAAAAAAAAAUUGCUCAUAUGAAAAAGAAAAUUUACAGCAAGGGAAGCCCAGGCUUGGAGUUGGCUCACUAGUGUCAUGUUUUAGGCCCAGCUCCUUAGGCUAUUAUUAGAGAAGCUGAAACGAGGACACAAAGACAUAUUGUUUCCUUACAAAUCCCUCUGUUGCUCAUAUCUGUAGAUUGUUGCAGGUAUCUCAGCUCUGCCACUAUUUUCAUUUGCAGUGUUGUUUGAGGGUGGCCCUUAACGUGCUUGCAUUUUCCCAGAAAAGGGGAAUUUUUUUGUUUUCUAGUACUCACAGUGGCUUGGAGGGAACCAAGUCCAGGGCAGUCUUGGCCUUUUUGUAAGAAGUAAGCUAGCCCCAAAGCUGCAUCUAGGUUUUAUCUCAGUGCUGGGGAGUCAGUGCUGGUGCUGAGGCUCAUUGCCCACGCUGGCUCUCCUCUCCCUGUGUCUAUUUAGCAGAUAGAGGUGCCCUAGAAAACAAAGAUCCAGGAACCUAAAAGUAGAAAGCAUGUUCUGCAGGAUGUGGUUUAGAGGCCAAAUGAGUUAGGUUGGGAACAGGCUUACAAACACACUCUUCUUUUACAGGACUGAAAGCUGAGCUUAUCUAAAGCAUGUCUCAGAUCGCAUGUGCAAAGACAUUCCUCCCACCUGCCCCUGUUGCCCAACCGUCUGGCUCUCACUGGAACUGCCUCCGUGGGAGGUCCAAAUCCCGCAGGCCAGAGCUGCAGCAGCUCCUUGAACACUCUCUCCUGUGGGGAGGCCAGCUCCUACCAAAGAAACCUAGCGCAUUCAUCUCAUCUAAUUUUGGAUGCCUAAUGAUUGCCUAGGAUUAAGCUAAUUGUUCACGCUCUCUUUAUUUUCCAUGGAAAGGAACAGGCACUUCCCAUUCACCCAAACAAUCUUAGGAACCUCUCUGAGGAGGGGAUGAAUCACUCUCCAAAAAUGCUUAUCUCUCAUUGUUGACUGCAGAACAAGCCCAGGCAGCUAAUUCAGGCUGAGACAAUGAACCUUUUGAUUUCUAAAGCUAGGCCAGAUAAAUCCCACAGUGGCUGAGUCUUUACACACAUCUCACAGCAGAGCUAUGCAGGAAAGAGGAGUUUAGGUUACCCCUGCAGUUCUUUAUUGUGCUGUUUCCAAACUUUCAUGUUCUUGAUUUUGCAUCCUUCAUAGUGUCUCUUUAACCUAAAUUUUUCACAAAACAUUGUGCAGGGGGGAGGGAUAAAGAGAAAAAUAAUCAUUUUUGUCAUAUGUGAAGUUACCAACCUGUCCCUGAGCCCUGCAGCAAGAGGUGUUGUUCAGGCUUUUCUGGCUGACUUCAGCAAGCAAAACACAGAUGGUACCAAGGGAAAGGAGUUCUCUGUGGCACAUCCAGAGGGUCACACAUUGGUGUGGUCCAUGCGGAUGCUUCCUCAGGUGCUGAACUCUGCCUCUCUAGAGGAUUCUUUCUGCUCUCAUAGAGGCAAAUCAAGCCCUAAAAUAAUUCUGGUGGGAUCAGAGCUGGAAAAACAUCACUGAGAUGAAAGCCACCUCCAUGAGGGUUAUCAUAGGUUAUUCACUAGUGGAAGCUAAUAUCAAAUAUAAACACUGCAUAAAAUCAGAGCCAUGUAACAUAUGUGCUGCCAGUGUCAAAGCAAGGGAAAGUAAAAAUGACAGCACAAAUGCAAUUAACAUUUCAUGCUCUAAUUUUAACAGAGAUUUAUCCUGCAAUAAAAUCCUGUCGAUUGAGGAGCAUGCUUUUGAGCCACUUCCUUUUUUGCAGCUUAUAAACCUUGGUGGGAAUCUCAUCACACAGAUCCAGAACGGCACAUUCCAGGCCUGGCAUGGGAUGCAGUUUUUACAGAAGCUGGUCCUAAGCCAUAACCCCCUCUCCGUAAUCGAUGACACAUCGUUCUUUGACCUGCCUUCACUCAAAUACCUAGACCUGGGUGCAACACAAGUGACUCUGCAGACGUUUCACACUCUCCUCCUGACAACAGUCCACUUGGAAACGCUCAAACUCCCCAGUGAUAUGGCCUGCUGCCUCUGUCAGAAGAAAGACACUAUUGAAACCCUGUGCAAGACCAUCAAGUUACGCUGUGAGAAUUUAUGCACCACCAACGCUCCCCAGUGCGCUCAUACAGAUUCUCUGGCAAAGAUGCAAGCAGAGAUAAUGAAAGUGUUACAAUCCAGAAAACUGAACACCACAGUGGUGUUAAACCUCAAGCCCAAAGAACCUGUGCUUGGAGGCUAUGAAACAGUAACACUUGCGGUGGUCCUGAACCUAACAAGCACUGAUGCUGAUCUCAGUAAGCCAAAUGAUCACAUUCCCAGAAGAAAUUCCCAUUUCCCUCAGCACCUAUCUAGGCAGGAAGGUAAGAGCAAUAAGGAAUUGAUGCUGAUGCUGCACAGCAUUCAGAACAAGGGCUGGACCAGUGAAAGCGAUAUGAAGAAACUCCAUUUCUUAGCAAAAGUGCUAGUGGCUGAGCUUGAGAAGAAGCUACACAAGGCUAAAAACGUCACGACUGUGAAGAAUAUCAUCUCUCUCUCACCGACGCUUGCUAUGCAGAGGCGCGAGGUGCACAGGACCCUAGCAGUGGAACAAGAGAGGACCACAGCUGCUACAGAUCGGGUGCAAAAGCAACAUGACUUAGGUUUGCACCACACACCACUAAGCCUAUGGGAAGUAGCUGAGAAGUUAAACCCCACUAACACUGUCUUCAGACAUGACAAAAUAUCCAUGCCUUCUUCAAAGCAUUCCCUUUUGUAUUCCCCAGCAGAAGCCUCUCAUUUGUCCAGGUCUUUUAAGAUUCCAGAUUAUUCUGAUGCUCUGGAACAGGCCAAAAAAAAUCAUGAGAUGGAGGGCAUAGAGGAUGGAAAGGAUGGACCACCUCCAAGCCAUAGCUCUAUUUGGACCUACAAAAAGCACGGGCAGCAAGAGAGUCCAUGUCUGAGUAAAAGUAAUCAGCUUUUCUACAGGACAGACUAUGAAGUUAAUCCAGAGGAAGAGCCCACACCAAUAAAACCUAAACCAGAGCAGAGAUUAAACACUGCAGGACAUUUUUUCUAUAACCUAUUGGUUAACAGCAGCCGCCGCAUUGCAAGGAGUAUGCUAGAGAAUACGUCUAAAGACAAGGCUUCCUCUCCAGGUGGGCACUUACUGGGCAUCCGUCAAACUGACGAAACACAUGGGAAGCAUCAAAAGGAGGAAGGAUUUGAUUUCCUCAAUAAACCAAGUAGUUCAGACAGCCCAGACACCGCGCCGGUUCAAGGAGACCUGUUUGAAACCAAGUUCAAAUAUCACCUGCGCUUACUCGUCCCAGAGAAAGCCCUGCGGACGUUCAUUGCUCACGUGGCACGAGCCCUGAGGAUAGACUGCAGCCUGCCUGCGGUCCAGCUGGCCUGCACAAAGAUGGUCUCGAAGAUGGGGCUGCUCUUGAAGGUACUCAGUGAGAGGCAGGAUCACCAGGGAGCCUCUGCUCUCGCAGGCCGGUGUUUCCUGGAAGGGAACGUUCCCAAUGGCACAGCCCAGCCCAGGGCGGCAGGCAGGAAACUCGCAGGGAAGAAGAAACCAGAGUAUGCCUACGGCAACAGGCUCCUGGUGGCAGUAUCGGUGGCUGUCAUCAUCAUGCUCUUUCUCACAGUGAUUUGUCUUAUUGAGGUUUGCUCCCAGAAAUCUGCAGCUGCUUCCCAACCCCAAACCACCAGUAAAUCACGACUGAGAUGGUUCUUUCAGAAAUUCCUGCCAGGCAGAUGGAGCAAGAACACACAUGACCUUACAAAGCAGGGCUCUCAUGUAUCAGAUCUGAGCAAAAACAAACCGCUGUGGCUUAGAGACAUGUACCAGCCCCUUGAUUCCCAGCAUAAAAAAAACAUGGCUCAGAAGUUGUACGAUGAAGAGUCCUCAGACGAGGAAGAGAUUUUCAACAGGGCUGAACUAAAGAAGCAAGAGGAGCUGCCAGCGCAGCAGGCGCUGGACUGAUAUGGGGCUUGGGGGCUACGCUGUGCCUCGGGAACUGUAUAAAGUUGUGAUGUUGGCUGAUAGAUACCAGGGAACGACUUCAGAAUUUACUA